GUUUAUUUCGAGUAUUAGUUUAGUUUGUUGUUUAAGUGAACGGAUGGGAUCGGUGGAUAAAAUUUACAUGCCAAAUUUUGACUGAUUCCACCAAACCAAAUUUUACUCUUACAAGGUUUUUAUCGUAGUUUUACCCCUGCCGGAUUUCAAAUUAUUUCAGUAAUUUAAACUUUAAUCUUACAAAUUCGUUAAUUUAUCCACAAAUUCUCACCAAAUUAUUAAAUUAAUAAUUAAAAUAAUUUGUAAAUAAUCAAAAUAAUUUGUAAACAAAAUAAAAUAGAAUAGAAUAGAAUAAAAUUGAGUAAUUUGUUGGAAUUGGAGGGAUAGAAUAAAUUUUAAUGUAUUGUGUUGUGGAGGACUGAGAUGAGUUUAUCGUUGGAUACGUCGAGUAGUAAAAACGACACGAGUGUCGAUCCCGCCUGGAAACGAGAUAUUCUCGAUAAAAACGCAGACAAACGCUAUAAAACUGAGGAUGUGACGAAGACGAGGGGUAGUGAGUUUGAGGAUUAUUUUUUGAAGCGUGAGUUGCUCAUGGGUAUUUUUGAGAAGGGUUUUGAGCGUCCUUCUCCCAUCCAGGAGGAAAGUAUUCCUAUCGCUCUCGCCGGUCAUGAUAUUCUCGCCAGAGCCAAAAAUGGCACAGGAAAGACGGCUGCAUUUGUUAUACCUUUACUCCAGAAACUUGAUACCUCAGAAGCACAAAUUCAAGGUUUAAUUCUAUUGCCUACGCGUGAGUUAGCAUUGCAAACUAGUGCGGUGGUGAAGGAGUUGGGUAAAUACUUGGAGGUCCAGUGUAUGGUUUCCACUGGUGGCACUUCGCUCCGUAACGACAUUAUGCGUUUGUAUAAACCUGUCCACAUUCUCUGUGGUACACCUGGUCGUAUUUUAGACUUAACUAACAAGGGCGUUGCGGUGUUAUCCCAGUGUUCCACAGUAGUCUUAGACGAGGCUGACAAGAUGUUAUCACAGGAAUUCUGUCCGAUUGUGGAGGCCCUGUUGAAGUUUCUUCCCACUGAGAAGCAAAUUAUCUUAUACUCCGCCACUUUCCCAGCGAGUGUUCAAGCGUUUAAGGAACAAUAUUUGCCAAACGCCCAUGAGAUUAACCUCAUGGACGAUUUAACUCUCAAGGGGAUUACACAAUUCUACGCCUACGUUGAGGAACGCCAGAAGGUUCACUGCCUGUCAACUUUAUUCGCCAGGCUACAAAUUAACCAAGCAAUUAUCUUCUGUAACUCAGUGGUCAGGGUUGAACUACUGGCCAAGAAGAUUACGGAGUUGGGAUUCUCCUGUUUCUACAUCCAUGCGAAGAUGAUGCAGUCGCAUAGGAACAGAGUGUUUCACGAUUUUAGGAAUGGCGCCUGUAGGUGUUUGGUGUCCUCAGAUUUGUUCACCAGAGGAAUUGACUUCCGCUUUGUCAACGUCGUGGUUAACUUUGACUUUCCCAAGAACUCGUCCACGUAUCUUCACAGGAUCGGGAGGUCCGGACGUUUCGGACACCUCGGACUCGCAAUCAAUCUCGUUACAGAACAAGAUAAAGAAGCGCUCUUCAAAAUAGAAGAGGAGUUAGCGACGGAGAUAAAGCCGAUACCAGCACACGUCGAUCCUUCUCUAUACUCUUAACUAUUGUUAACAGUAUUACUAUUGUUAGAUGUAAAUGGUGGGUGUACCAAUCGCAGGUGGUUUUUUUGUUCACUUUUUACCACCUUAAUUUUUUUUUCUCAUCCA